AUGAACGAGCAUGACCAAAUUCCGAAGCCAACCAACCGAAAGCCCAAUCAGCAGGACAAUCAGGACACUGGCAAAUUCUGCCGAUACCACCAGCAGAACAGCCACAACACCGAAGACUGCAUUAGUCUGAGGAAGAUCGUUGAGCGCCUGAUUCGGGAAGGAAAGUUGGAUCAGUACAUCGCCAGGCCACCACAGGCACCGGCAUCGAACGCGAAUCGGCAGAUCAACAUGAUCAGCACGAUCAGCGGAGGCCCCACUCUGGCGGGACCCUCUAACCGUUCAAUGAAACAGUAUGUGCGUGCCGCUCACUACCCUCAGGUCUUCGGCAUAGAAGACGAUCGGUGCCACAAGGUCCCGAAGGUGGGGUGGGAGCCCAUCACAUUCUGUGAAGAAGAAGAGGAGGGGAUCGUUUACCCCCACGAUGACCCAAUGAUCAUUCGGGCCGAGAUCGCCGACUACGAUGUAGGUCGGGUGCUGAUUGACACCGGGAGUUCGGUGAACGUAAUUUUUGCCGAUGCGUUCAAAGGGACUGGGAAUUGCCGACAGCAUGGUCAAUCGGCAAAUCACGCCCUCUCCUCAGUUUUUCUGGGGAUCUGGUCCAGCCAGUCGGCAGUAUCAGUCUGCCCAUCGCCUUCGGCGUCGCCCCCAGGAAAACAAUGA